AGGGCGGGGGGGGCACCACCAUCGCAACACCCCCUCCUUCCGCCCCCUCCACUCACAGGAAGCGAAUUAAAAAUCUUUCAUAUCUUCACCAGCCAGCGCUGCUGCAGCACACGCGCUCACCGCGGGCCUUGAGCAGACCUGAGCAACAACCAUCAGGGACCCAGCGUCACCGGGAGUCUUCUUCAUUGGCGCCGAGGAUUCUGCCUUUUACCUCCUGUUCCAUGGUGCAAGGGCUUCGCCACCGGGAGCGUCAGGGAUUGCGCGCCGCGCCACCGUCCCCCUCCGUCCGCCGCCGCCGCCGCCGCAGCGACUCGCGCUCCCGGUCCCGCUCCUGGCCGCUCCGUGUCGAGUGAUGCUCGGCUUGCAGCGCCGGAUGCUCCCCGCUGCCUCCGGAUCGUCGACGAGCGAACCUCCACUGACCGCAGACCCCCAUUUUCGGCGGAAACCUUCCCAGGGCUAUAGGGCUACAUAUGGAAACUGGGGAUCAGAAUUUUAGGAAAAAGCGGAAUCCAAUCGGUUGACUUUCAUUUCUCUUCCAAUUCUCUCCGUCCCUGCAGUUGAUUAGCCGCCGGAGCGUCAAGUGGGUCAUGGUUCUGGUUCUGACCUCACGAUUUUAGACACAAUCUCGCUGUAACUCCCGGACUCCUCGCACUAUUAUGUCAUCGCUUCUCUUCUGACUGGAGCGCCCCAUCACUCCGUGCGCGCAGCUCAACUGGUUCCAUUCCCCAGAACCACCGUCGGGUUCAGGCCUGUGGAGUCCUGAUCAGAGUCUGAAGGGGAGUCAAAGUUAACCCGGGCAGGAGAGCGAGGCCACAGUCUGCUCUCCCCACCACCCAAACAAACCUACCACCUUUUUUUCUCUUGUUGUGGUUCUCACCCAAACGCAACCAUAAGGUUCCUACCGCAUCCUCCUCCUCCUUCCUCCCUCUCCUUCCGCACCGGUAUAUCCCGCUUUUUCGGUUUGAUUUGGUCCCGCAAAUUUUCAAAUAUUUACUUCCUGUACAUCAAGAGGAAAGGGGGUCCCCCUUUCAUGGAAUGCGGAAACAUGGGUCUGUUCGACCGCGGAGUCCAGAUGCUGCUGACCACGGUGGGCGCCUUUGCGGCCUUCAGUCUGAUGACCAUCGCGGUCGGCACGGACUACUGGCUCUACUCCCGCGGCGUCUGCAGGUCCAAGUCCAUGAACGACAACGAGACCAGCAAGAAGAACGAGGAGGUGAUGACGCACUCGGGUCUUUGGAGGACCUGCUGCUUGGAAGGAAACUUCAAGGGGAUGUGUAAACAGAUCGACCACUUUCCCGAGGAGACGGACUAUGAAGCAGAUCCAUCAGAGUACUUCUUACGUGCGGUGCGGGCUUCCAGCAUCUUCCCCAUCCUCAGCGUCAUCCUGCUCUUCAUGGGAGGCUUGUGUAUAGCUGCCAGCGAGUUCUACAAGUCACGCCACAACAUCAUCCUCAGCGCAGGGAUCUUCUUUGUGUCCGCAGGCCUGAGCAACAUCAUCGGGAUCAUCGUGUACAUAUCAGCCAACGCGGGCGACCCAUCCAAAAGCGACUCCAAGAAGAACAGCUACUCGUACGGCUGGUCCUUCUACUUCGGCGCCCUCUCGUUCAUCAUGGCGGAGAUGGUGGGCGUCUUGGCUGUGCACAUGUUCAUCGACCGCCAUCGGCAACUGCGGAUAGGCGCGCGCGCCGCCGACUACCUCCAAAGCUCUGCCAUUACACGGAUCCCCAGCUAUCGCUACCGCUACCGGCGCCGCUCGCGCUCCUCUUCCCGCUCCACAGAGCCCUCGCAGUCCCGCGACGCCUCACCGGUGGGCCUUAAGGGCUUCAGCGCACUGCCAUCCACAGAGAUCUCCAUGUACACGCUGCCUCGGGACACCCUCAAGUCUUCCGGCACGCCCACCGCCACCUACAACUCGGAGAGGGACCACAACUUCCUCCAAGUCCACAACUGCAUCCAGAAGGAGAAAGACUCGAGUCACACCAACACAGCAAACCGCCGCACCACACCGGUAUGAGGGCGGGGCCUGGAGCACCUGAGGCGCGACGGAUCUCCAUGUUUAUAGACGUUUGUUCUUUUCGUCCAGCUGCAUGACUUUUCCAUUAGCAUUGUUGCGAGGGUUCCGACAAGUCUGCCGAGAUCCUGGAGGUUGGUUCCAAGGUCAAGGCCGUUUCCACGAGGGAGUCGGCCAUUACUUCAUUAGCUUAGACUGUUUUGCCGACAGUUGGUUCGGCGCCACUGGUCAAGCUAGCGCGCCGCUCAUUUUUUUAAUUUCAUUUUGUUUUCAUUGAAACUGUGAAUUAUUACAGUUUGGGAUCGAGUAAGACGUAGCCCAAUCUGUAAUCAAACAAAAGGUACUAUAUAGAUAUAUAUAUGUAUUACUUUUCUAUAUAAAUGAAUAAUACUGAAGCAAAAAAGAAAUAUUCAAGUGCUGUAUACGGGAAAGUCUUGUAGGUACUGACGCCGCCAGUGGCAGUAGAACAAUAUCUAUCUCUCAACGGAACCUCCUCGUCUUUCACUCGCACACUGCCGCACGUCUUUCCGCCCGCGAAAAGAAAGCGGCGGAAGGGAGCGCAAAGAAGAGGACGCCAUAAGACGAAAACGAAAAUAAACACGGAAUAGUACACCAGAAGCUCACAACUACAGAAAUUAAAUGCAUGCUAUGAAAUUACUGCAAACCUGGUGAACUUUCAAUGAACUUGAGUUUUCAAGGGGAGAAGCAGGAGUAUAGAUGCGCUUUUCAUUUCUAGUCAUUGAUUCUGUUGCUUUCUGGAGAGAAACCAAAUGAUCUUUUCGAGGAAAUGAUUUCAUUUUUGAUGUUGGUUCUGUUUGGUCCGGGAUGAACUCACACAGCCUUAGCCAUUUCUUUGUUUUUGGUUGUUCAAAUUGAAAAUCUUUAAAGGUGCCAAAAAACCGAAUGAUCCUUUACUUGGAUGCAUCAAGUCCUGAUGAAUAAAAAACAAACCCUAGGGGGAAACAAAUGUGGCGUGCGUGGCUGUGUUUUCACGUCGGAGUGAGGAGGUCUGGCAGCCUGGUGCAACAGGGAGGGAGGGGAUACAGACAAGGCCUCAGAAGGCUCCGGGUGAGGAUGUCCAGUUGGGGGAACAAUGUUUGGCAGCCUGGUUCAGGGUCAGAGGUGCGCAGCGGAGCAGGCCUCUUUAAGAUGGUAAAGGCAAUGAAGGGGUCGUGGAGGCAGCAGACCUUAACACCCAGUCCGUACGGAAUUGGUGGCGUCGCUCCUCGCGCUGACAACAGCUGACUCUUUACGCAACACCGGCCUGAGAACGCUUGGGAGGAACUGUGCUGAACAACACCGACCUAUUUGUGGGACAAAAAGUCUCCGGCGGGUUUAUUAUUCAUGGCGCGUGUAAGGUUGAGCUGAGUGCAGCGAGGGCUCUGGUGGGAGCUUUAAAAAUGAAUAAGGGCAUUCCCAGCAUAAGAGGGACGCUCCUGUGAGCAACGUUGGGCCACUCCACCUCGCACACCAACCAGCAACAGAUCUGACAGCUGCGAGACGGCUUCUCCCAAGGGUCGACCCUUCCUUGCCGAACUGUGGCGGGAGAAGCUUGACAUCACCCGUUCAUUUCAGGCUGCAGUGAAAUCGGCUCGUGCUAGCGUCUCCCAUGCUGGGACCGGAUCCGAGUCACAGGCCAAAACAAUACACACGGCACACACCCACCAGGCCGGACGCACAGGACAAGAAGACAAGAAGCCACCACAGUCCCUCCCCAAGUUCACGGACGUCUGUCCAGGUCUGUUCCUCUCCUCUCUGUAUUCAAGUGGUGAAGCGGCUGAAACAAAUUCCCCGCCUCAUCUCGGGGCUCAUGGCAGAGGGAGGCUGGAUUUAGUGGAAGUCGGACGUGCCCUUGAACGCUCAGCUCGGUAUUUUGGCAGACGUGCAGAGUUGGACACUGCUCAAUAACAAUGUCGGCGAGGUGGAUUUACUGUCUAUGAAGAGAUUUCUCCAGCCCAAGUCUUAAAGGGAUCACACAGACCAGACACAACUUUGGUCGGAAUGGGAGCGGAUCAGACGGUUGUCCUGAGCUGAGGGUUUCAUCUCGGGUUACAUCAAAACUUCUCCACUGGCGACUGCAUUUAUUUCUUGCCAAAGUGAAUAUUAAAUAGCAUUG